ACCUGCCGAGGCGAUCUAAUGCUUGCGUGCGUCGUCGCGUUGCAGAUACGCCAUGGCCAUGCCUGUUGUAGGCUCUGCUCGCACCCCCAUGGCAACCUUAUUUCAAGCCAAGUUCACCGUCAAUGAGCUUCUGCGCACUUUCAACGCCUCCCUCAACAGCAACAUUCUCUUCAGUUCCGAUAUCGCGAUGCUAACCUAUGGCAAGGAAGACGAUUUGACUGGUGAUGACACCUACACCGGCACGGCCGGUGCUACUCUCGAAGUCAACCUCGGUAAAGGGCCUAAGAUUACUGGGACGAUCGUACCCCCGUUCGACCCCCCUAUUCCAAUUAGCGGCGGUGGCACCUGGGCCUCGAGCUAAGAAGUGAGUUUUGAGUCUUUAAUUACUGACUUGGUGAACGUGCGCGCGAGAU